AUGGCCGAAUCCUCAGUGAAGACCGAGGGCGAUGCCGCGCCUCGGCCCAAGGCUGGGUACAAGUCAUGGAAGAAGAAGUACCGCAAGAUGCGCAUCUCCUUUGAGAACAAGAUGCACGAGGGCGAAGAUAUUUUCAAGCAGGAGGCCAAAGCACAGGCGACCGUGAAGCGGUUAGCUAUUGAGAACGAUCGCUUACUGGACAUCCUCCUCGAGGUCAACAACUCGGCCCAGAUCCCGCUCGAGAAGCGAGUCAACAUCUCUCUCCCACCAUCAAAAUCCAGCGACCGCAUCCAUCCCAUCGACCAAGACUACGAGAACCAGAAGGAGCUGCCCCUGAAGAGACUCGAAGACCUCCUCAACGAUGUGCCACACCAGCCCUACAGGCUCGCCAAGGAGUCCGACCCUCACCUGGUCGCCGAGCUCGAGAAGUCGGAAGGGGACAACUACCCAGCCCACUUCCUCUGCGCAGACGACAUCGACAACUACCUCCACCUCAUCGACCAGAACAUCGAACCGGACAACCCAGUCCCAACCCUCGCCCCCCUAGCGCAUCCCACCACCAACCCUCCCCUACACCCGCUCCUCAAGAACCCCAACAGCGCGACCAGCUGGCUCCGCCGCCACGCCCCCCAUAUCUUCCUCCAGGGCAUCCAAGAACCAGGGGCCGAGUCUCACGAGGACGCCAGCACCGCAGGCGGAGCCGACGAGGCCGCUUCCACCCACACCCCCAGCCACACCGGCGGCCGCAAGUCGCGCGGCGGCGCCCGAGGCGAGCGAGGCGGCAAGACGCCCAAGGUCCCCAAGGGCACCAAGCGGUCCCGGGCUUCGCUCGCCGCCGCAGCCGCCGCCGCGGACGUGGACGUGAGCAUGGACGACGACGGGGACCGCAACACCUCCACGCCCGCCAACAACGCCAAGGGCGGCAAGCGCAAGCGUGUGACCGAGGACGACCAGGGCUACCGUCCCAAGGGGUCCACCAGCCGGCCGACCAAGAAGAAGCGCAAGAGCGAGGGCGCGGAGGCGACGCCGACCGUUCGCAAGUCCAAGAGCAGGGAGGCGCUGGCUGCGUCCGCUGAGGCGGAUUAA